AUGGUUACAAUAGUUGAAGAUCUUGCAGAACAUUCAAGCAUAUCAGCAGACAUGGAAGGAUCGGUUUCACAGUCGAAAACGAGUACCGAAAUUGAAUCGAAUCACGACGGUUUGCUUGAUCUGAAGCUCUCGAGUCAUGAUGGCGGCAACGGAAGUGAUUGCACCAUGGAACGACGCGAAUCAAAGAUCGAACUCGAUAUUUUCGCCCAGAGGAACCCUCAGGGUGAUGAUCAGAAAAACAAGGGCUUCUCAUGCAACUUUUGCAAGCGAGUUUUCUCGACAUCUCAGGCAUUAGGGGGACACCAAAACGCUCACAAGCAAGAACGUGCCUUGGCCAAGAGGCGUCGGCAAGGGCUGAUCGAAGUGAACACAUCUGGCACUUUCAGUCCCCCAAACUUUGCCUAUCAUUCAUUUUCGUCCUAUUCUUCCAACCCUUUUCACGGAUCUUUCGACAGAUCAGCCCUCGGGGUUCAAUUCAACUCCAUGAUUCGUAAACCUUCGCACCCGUGGCCGACGUCGUUAUCUCGACCGUAUCAUCUUCCCUAUGGUUUAUCGUCUCGGAAACCCCUAAUGAGCUUUUUACAGCCAAGUUUAAGCUUUAACAACGGUGAACUUGGAAUCUCAGGACCUUCAACCAGUGCAGUAAACAGGGCUGCUGCAAGUGCAAGUACUACUGUGAGAACUGAUAAUCAAUACAAGGAUGGUUCAGAAAUUGAUUUAUCCCUGAAGCUUUAA